GUUGAAUCCCGCUAUCAUUUUGGGAAAUAUAGCUGCAAUUGAGUGCCUGUUCUAAAUUUUUUUUUAAUGGAUAAAUUUUUCAUCAGUCCAUCAAUUGCGUAGUUUGGCUUUCGCCAGUUUCCUGUUCUCGAGCUCUAUGGAAGGGUCGGGUGGUUGUAUGAACCAAGAGUGUGAAGUAUUUUAGUAAGAUUAAUUAUUGUGCUUAUCACAUGAGGACUUCUUUUCUUAUUGUCUCGAACAAUCAGAGAUCGAGAUAAAUAAAUUGCAUGCAGUUCCUGAUUUUCACUUAAUACCUUGUCAAUGUCGGUCAUUGGCAGAUCACCCAUCAUCCAUAAUAAUCUCUAGAAUUAAUCCAGCUCCUACCGCAUCCAGAAAAAUCUAUUGUUACACGGAAAACUAACAGUUCCGGUUCUUAUUUACUGCCUAAUGUCAUCACUUCCAAAGAGGAUAAUCAAAGAAACUCAAAAACUUAUCCAGGAUCCAUGUGAUGGCAUAAAAGCCGUACCAGAUGAAAACAACGCAAGGUACUUUUUGGUAUCCAUAGAUGGACCAAAAGAUAGCGCUUACGAAGGAGGUAUUUUCGACUUGGAAUUAUUCCUUCCGGAAGAAUACCCUAUGACUGCACCUAAGGUCCGGUUUACAACCAAAUUAUAUCAUCCAAAUAUUGAUCGCCUUGGUAGAAUUUGUCUUGAUAUUCUUAAAGAUAAAUGGAGUCCUGCUCUUCAAAUACGCACUGUUUUACUUUCUAUUCAAGCAUUGUUAAGUGCACCAAAUCCUGAAGAUCCACUGGACGGUGAAGUUGCAUCACAUUGGAAACAGAAUGAACCAGAAGCUCUUGCUAAAGCACGUGAAUGGACUCAGCUUUACGCUAGACAUAAUUAAUUCUUGGACAAUAGUACUAGCAGUGACCAACCCCUCGUAGAAUAUCGUUCUUCUUUUAAUGGAUAACCAAAACAUGAUCAAACAUUUUCUAUUCAAAUAUUAUAUAUAUAUAUAUAUAUAUAUAUAUAUAUAUAUAUAUAUAUAUAUAUAUAUAUAUAUAUCGUAACCGAUAUAUUUGUAUUUAUGAAGAUCUCCGGUACUCAAUUCUUUUGUUGGACUUUUUCCUCUUCAAUCUCAAUAGAGAAGUCACAUAAAGUUGUUUUGUUAUACAUUACGUGAAACCAUUUUGUAGCUUUACACUAUUAUGACAAAAAUCUUCCAUAUUCUCUUUUUGGUUACUUCUCUCUUGCUCCCGUGUCUAUGUGUGUCCCGCUUUCCAAGAAAGUAAUUUCUUUUUUGUGUCGCAUACAUCCCUCACUUAUUGGUUUUGUAAAAUUUCCCACACUGCUACCUAUAUUAUGUUAAUGGCAGUAUGUAAUUCCUUUUUUUGUGUAUCUUCAUUACCAUAUGAUUUAUUCAUCUCUAUCUUCUUUCCCUCUCUCUAGUCUCAUUCAUUGCGAUUCUCCUAGUAUGUUGGCACAUGUAUGUAAGUACUCUGUAUAUGUGUGUGUGUGUAAUAAGGAUGGGUUAUAUGAUGACCAUGGAACAGUCGUAUACAUUGGAUUCUGUCCCCCUACUUUUUAGAAGGCAAAAAUAGUCCUUAAAAAAACCCACCUGAAAUCCCCAAAUAUUGACUUACUUCAUCAGUAUAUAAUGUAUAAGGACGCUAAUGUUUGUUGCUUGUUUAUUAUUAGGAUUAUGAUUAUAAUUUUUUUUCAAGCAUUAUUAUCACUUCACACUGUUUGUCAUCAUUUAACUGCACACAAACAGACAGAUAUUUCUUGUCCAUCAUUACUUUUUUGAAAUGAGAGGGAGUACAUUUUCUUUGCCGUCAAGAAUAAUAAACACAUUAUUGCUCAGGCAAAGAUUGAAAAAUCUUUCUGAUUCUCUAACUGUAAAUGUCUUAAUAAGAAUAUGUAUUAUAUGUGAGUAAAAAUGACUGUCUUCAUAUGUGAGUUUAAUAAUAAUUUCUCUGUUGUUGUUGUUGUUGUUGUUGUAAUGAUCAAUAUUCAUAGUUUUCAUCCAGUAAUUAAACAUUUCUGGUUUUAGCAUAGGUUUUGAAAUGAUAAAAAAAUUGUAGCUCAGGUGGAUGAUUUUGUUGCAGCCUCGUUCUCUGAACCGGAUGGCUUGAUCUUGAA